AACAUCUUUAUGGCAAGAGAGGCUCAUUUCCCUUGUAACGCUAGAUAUCAGAUCAUGCCCAAGACUUGUGAACAUCAGUCUACCAUAUACGUUAAGGACAAUGAAAAUUAAAAAUUGCAAUGCUCUGAAAUCCUUGCCGAUGUCCAAUAGUAUGUGUAUUGAAUACGCAUAUAUUGAUAACUGCCAUUCUCUCACCUGCAUUUCAAGAGGCCAUCUACCUCCAACUUUGAGAAGGCUACACAUUAAAAAUUGUGAGAAUUUGCAAGUUGUGCUUGAUGAGGAGGAGGCCUCUUCCUCUUCUUCUUUAGUGAGGAAUGAGGGAAAUCGUUAUGGCAAUAGCAGUAGUAAUGAGUCACUUCUUGAACACUUGGAGAUUAGGGAAUGUUCAUCUCUAAAAUGCUUGUCAUCAAAAAACCAGUUUCCUGCUGCCUUGAAAAACCUUUUUGUAUACAAAUGUCCAGAGCUGGAGUCAGUAACAAAAGAGUUACAAAAUGAUGCCUCUCUUGAACACUUCCAAAUUUGUCAUUGUGAAAAGCUUAAGUCCUUACCUGAGGGCCUACACAGACUCUGCCACCUCUAUGUGAUCAAGAUAUGGGACUGUUCUAGUCUUGUUUCCUUCCCGGAUGGAGGUCUCCUCCCAACCAGCCUGAGAAAGCUUUCAAUCGAAAACUGCGAGAAACUUGAGGCCUUGCCUAACUGCUUGCCCAACCUCACCUAUCUUCAAGAACUAGUUAUAUGCCGGUGUCCAAGCAUCAUAUCCUUCACGGAAGAGGGUUACCCCACAAAUCUUACAUCACUUUGGCUGUCAGGGGUUAAUAUCUGUAAGCAACUAUUUGAGUGGGGGAUCCACAGACUCACAUCUCUUAGAGAUCUCAACAUUAUGGGCGGGUUUCCGAAUUUGCAGUCAUUUCCUGAGGCUGAGGAAGGUGGGAAGACAAUGAUGAUGAUGCUGCUGCCUAUCUCUCUCACUAGCCUGAGUAUUAUAAAUUUUCCAAAUUUAGUACUCCUGUCCAAAGGCUUUCAACACCUCUCUGCUCUUGAAAUGUUGUAUAUCAAAGAUUGUCCUAAACUUGACUACCUCCCAGAGAACGGUCUGCCUCCUUCACUUCUGAAACUUUAUAUUUAUAGGUGUCCUCUACUGGAACAGCACUGCAAGAAAGGCAAAGGUUGAGAGUGGUUCAAAAUUGCCAACAUCCCUCGUGUUGAGAUUGAUUGGAGGUCUGUCUAUGAGGUGGAGGAGGAGCAAGAAUAAUUGUAUCGCCUGAACUCCUAAAAAUUCUUCUCAAUACUUGGAGAAUUUGAUGAUUGCUAGUUAGAUAUCAUGUUGAGGAACACAAUGAUCAAUGAGUAUGUACAGAAUAUCAAGAUGCCAUUUUCAUACUAGGCCUGAGUGGAAUGACAUUUCAACCAAAGGUCAUGUCUUGCACAGAUGAAUAAAGCAUUCUCACCUUUGCUGCAGGUGGGCAGGUAUCUCAUUUAUUCCAAAGCAAUUAUGGUAUGAAAUGAAAUGCCAUAGUUUCAUUAAAAUGUGCACCAACCUUAUACUAGAAUAUAAGAAAUGAUCUGGACCAUUCCAGAAUUUAUGUUGA